AUGCUGGCAUUGUUAAUCAUGCACUGUCUGAAGACGUUUGUGUUUUUGUUGCACUCUGUGCUCUUAUUAGCCGUUCUUAACAAUGUACAGAGCACCAGAGUGUCACCAUCGCACACCCAACAUCAUCCCAUAGUGUAUAAAUAUAGACGUUCUUACAGUUCUUUUGAUCAUCUGCAAGCUACGUCUGACAAAGUCAAACGUCGAUUCGACGAUAUCGAAAAAUCCACUGGUGACUCUAGGAUCUAUCGCGGAUUGGUAUUGAAGAAUGGAUUUACCGCCUUGUUGAUCAGUGAUUCUGACACCGACCAAUCGGCUGCAUCUCUUUCCGUCGCAGUUGGUAAUUUUUUCAAUAUUCAUAUUUAUUUACUACCUACAUAUAAAGGGUGAUCAACAUACUUGUGUGAAGUUGCCCUCCUAUCGACUAAAUCAAACUGGACCGAUUAUAAAUCAAAGAUCUUCAUUUGUAAGUAUUUGUAAGUAAGUUUUCGGAAUUUGUUAGUCAAAUCCUGGCUUUCUGGCGAAUUAUUGAGUUUAAAAUAAGCAUAACUAUAAGCAUAGUUUUUUACAAAAUUAUAUAAAUAUCUUAAAUAAUUAAAUAUAAAUACAAAAUAUAUGUAUAGAAAUAAAAAAAAUAAAUAAAUAAAUAAAUGAAUGCUUCGUCUGGUGUUAAAAUAUAAAUGUAAAAAUGAUGAAACAUAAUAUUAAUAAAAUACGAUAUUUGUAUAACGUAUACGAAGAUUUACUCACUUUUUGCACGGUGGCACUAUGGAUAAAAUGAUUUCGUCAAGAAUAUUGUUCAUAUUUGUAAAAUAAAUACAAGAGUUUUAGGAAAAAAAAAAUUAUUUGUUAAUCGUUGAACAGACAUAAAAAUCAUGAACUUAAUUAUUUUUCGUUUUAUUAUUAGAAAAUAACAUAAAUUAUAACCUCUUAAACUAUUGUAUUAUAUACUAUUAUUUUUAUUAUGUAUUGGUCAGAAGCGUUUGGAAAGAAUAAGUUGGAGAGAAAGAAAAACAAAUGGAGAAGUACAUAGAACUGUGGGAGGAAAACGUACAUUCAUAGAUGUGAUUAGAAGGCGUUGGAAAAUGGUCGGACAUAUCCUGAGACACCCAAAAAAGUUGCAUAAUAUAAUAUUAGAGGGUAAGAUAGAAGGAAAGAAAACUGCAGGACGUCCUCAAACUCUUAUAUAG